UUGAGUAACUGAAAUGGUUUUUUCUUCAUGGUGUUUACCUUAAUUGUCCUAAUUUUGUUUACACUUAAUUUCGUCAAUUAACUAAUUGUGGUCUGUUUUUUUUGUUCUAUUCCAAGUUACUUUGAUCAAUUGUUUGGGAAUUUCGGUGUUUGUUUGUUCCACAUUAUUGAUCUUCUUUGGAUUCACCUCUCCGAUUUUUGGAAGAGUGUCUGAGAUUUUCGGCUUGUUUUCUAUCUCGAUUUUUCUCUUGAUUCUAUUGUUUUUUUGUUCUUUUCUCUCUUUAUAUAUACCUUUGGGUUUUUUUUCUUCGAUAUUUUGGUUGAAUUAUUUCGUCUUUGAUCUAAUUACUAGUACUAUAUAAGAAAGAUGGCCUCGCUAAGAGCAACUCAUGGUUCGGAAAGGAUACGAUCCAAACUGACUAAGCUGAUUGAAUCCAAUGAAUUUUAUGAGGCUCACCAAUUGUAUCGGACGCUACACUUUCGUUAUAUUAAUUGUUCAAGGUUCACAGAUUUGGAGAAUCUUCUUUUCGAUGGUGCUAUCCUGCUACUUGAUCGACAGCAAUUCAAUUCUGGUGCUGAUCUUGCCAUUCUUUUCAUUGACACUCUCAGCAAAGAUAUGGAUAUGAAAGAAGCAAUGAAAAAUGAACAAGAGGUUAAUAAGCUUUCCAAUCGAUUGGGCGAAUUACUAUCUCGUAUUCCAGCUGAAACACCGGAACGAAUAAAGUUCAUCACAGAAGCUUUAAGGUUGAAUGGAAAGAUCUUCCCAAUGCAACAUAUUCGUCGUCAAUUUGCUCUCAUUCUAUGGAAGGAGGGAAAUUACUCUGAUUCUCGUCGACAUUUUCUUCAUUGUAGUUACACAUGUGGGGAAGAUUGUGCCCUCAUGUUGAUUGAAUAUCACACCGAUUCGGGUUACAAAUCAGAAGCCGAUCUAUUUAUAGCUCAAUUUAUUUUACAAUUAUUGUGUAUAAAAAGUAGUAAUUCUGCAAACACCGAGGAAAUCAAGUUACCAUUAAAAUCGCCCGCAAGCACCACCGCAACAACAACAAUACCCGCCACAUCAACACCAUUGUCGUCUUCCAGUGAUAACAGCCAUAGUCUCAACUUAAACGAUAUCUGUCCAAAAUCAAAUCAACACGCCUAUGCCAACAUAACGCUACAAUAUUAUAUAGCUAAACAUCCGCAGAUAAUGAAAAAUGACCCACCCUUUCUGCUUCCAUUGAUUAAUUUCUUAUGGUUUCUUCUGAUAGCUAUUGAGAGCGGUAAAACAGCAACAUUCAACGUUCUUCUUGAAAAAUAUGGACCAGUAUUGAGUCGUGAUCCAUCAUAUCGAGAGUAUCUUCAACGAAUUGGUGAAUUAUACUUCGGCUUAAGGCCACCACCUAGUAAUCGUGGUUUCGGAGGAUUUCUGGGUAACUUUUUACAAUCUUUCUUGGAAGAUAAUGAAGACGAUAGUAAUGAUGAAGAUGAUCCUUCAUCUGGUGACGGAGGAAGAGCUGGUUCUCAAAACUUACAAUCAAACAAUUCUAAUAACACCAAUAAUCCCAAUAAUAGACCAGUAACAGCGCCAAGACAAGUUCCACAAGCAAGUGAAGACCUUGACUAAAAGACUCGAUUAAAAAACAAUUAUAUUGAAAAUCUAAAUCCAAUUUACAAUCUGAUCCAGUUAAAAAUGAAGAAUCGAUAAAAAAAAAGUAUCAACCAUCAACAAAAUAAACUCGCAACUUGAUGGAUUAGCAACAAUAAGAAAAUCUCUAUGGAUUUUAAGAUGUUUACUGUUCUUGACUCUUUCUCUUUGCUUUUCAUGUUAAUCCCUAAUCUUUACGGUGAAAAGUGUAUCAAAUCCCUUGAGAGAAUUGGGGAAAAGGUUUAUCCAUUUUAAUAUCUUGUAAUUAUGGAAAAAUGAAAACAUCAAUCAUGGUAAUCAACUUGUCAA